AUGACUAAUAUCACCUCCGAACAGCUUGAAGAUUUCAAAUGCAGACUCAUCGCGGGCCCCAGCUGUUCAGAUGAAAUAAUAUCUGGGCUCGAAUGUUCAGGAAACGCUACGUCCCUCUACAAUUGUGAGCUAAACUUGGACAUUCAAAAUGAAACUUCAUAUACCUGCGUUAAGUGCUUUAAUAACAGUAUGGGUAGUAAUAGCGACUAUACUUCAUGCGAUUUUAGAUUCAAGUUAAACCUCAUGACGGCAGUUUUCGAGAGUGCAUUGAAAAAUAUGUGGUUACGUAUACCGGAUUGGAGCGCGUGUAAUCAAAACGGUCUGUUCUGUUUUCCAAAUUCUAUUCGGACGUUGUACAUUGACGUGUCUGAUGAUAGUAUGAACAGGAGUGCAUUAGAAAGUUUACAAUGUACGUGGGACUAUGGAAACGCUACGGAUGUUGGGAUCGGUACUCCGAAAUACGAAUGGACGUUUUUGUUUGUGAUAUUAUUUAUAGUAGCUGGUGGUGUGGGCAAUAUUUUAGUGUGUUUAGCAGUGUGUCUUGAUAAAAGGUUGCAAAAUGUAACGAACUAUUUUUUGCUAUCUCUGGCGAUAGCUGACCUACUAGUCAGUUUAUUUGUAAUGCCCAUGGGAGCAAUUCCUGGGUUUUUAGGUUAUUGGCCGCUGGGCGUUGUUUGGUGCAACGUGUACGUGACAUGUGACGUGUUGGCGUGCUCGGCCAGUAUCAUGCACAUGUGCUUCAUCAGUAUCGGCAGGUACCUAGGCAUCAGAAACCCUCUGAAGAGUCGCCAUCACUCCACCAAACGGGUGGUGGUGAUAAAAAUAGCCUUGGUGUGGUUGCUCAGCAUGUUUGUAUCCAGUUCCAUCACCGUUUUGGGUCUCAUCAACAAGCAGAACAUAAUGCCAACCCCGGAGCUAUGCGUGAUAAACAAUAGAUUGUUCUGGAUAUUCGGAUCAUUGGUAGCGUUUUACAUCCCAAUGCUCACAAUGGUGGCAUCGUUCGCGCUCACAGUACAGCUGUUGAAGAGACAGGCGAGGCUCGCUGCUACCCCGGUGCCUGGAGGCACGCAACGGAGACAAUGUGGAGCGUUCGACAAUGGGCCCACUGAAAGGCAAGUUCGUCGUACCAACGCUAGGAGCUCCCCGGACUUGUCUCCCGCUGCCGUGUCUAGGCACAUGACGUGGCGGGUAACUACUGUCUCCAGGUCUCAAAGAAACAAAAUAGGUAUGAGCGUGUCCCACCCGCAACUGAGUUACAUGAACGGGUGUGGGAACGGAGCGGGUGGUUCUCGUAAGGGCCGCGACGUGGCCACGCAGACUCCCCCCAGCAUCGCAGCUGAAACCAGACGGGCUAAGAAGCCCUUGAAGAUUGCCCUUCCUGCUCCCAAUGCUUUGACUUUGAGGUUUCUAACAAACCGCAAGAAAGGGAGGUCGCUCUCAGCAAAUGCAGUGGCCAAUGAACAGAAAGCGACGAAGGUUCUUGGUCUCGUCUUCUUCACCUUCGUGUUAUGCUGGGCGCCAUUCUUCCUUCUGAACAUACUGUUCGCUGCAUGUCCAGCCUGUAUUGUACCAGAGCACGUAGUGGACAUAUGCCUGUGGCUGGGCUAUGUGUCAUCUACCAUAAACCCCAUCAUAUAUACUGUGUUCAACCGAACUUUCAGAGCGGCGUUUUUGCGACUUCUCAAAUGCCAUUGCAGCAGACGAGGUCGUUGCACUCGCUACAGGUCGGUAGGUUCCACCCGCGGCGCGUCGCAACUCUGCGCUCGCUCCGCGCUUCCUCUCGCGAUUUCCCUCCGACCCUCCGCCAUGCCCACAGCCCCUACUCAGGACACUACGGAAACUGUGAUGAUCGAACCACCGUUAGGAGACUUUAAUGUUAGAUAUUGAUGUUUAUGUGUUAGAUAUAUUGAAAGACUUCUUGGAUGUGUUUGGUUUAUUUGGCCCUUAAGUGAAAAAUAAAGUAAGAAAAUCUAAGUUAAAAAGUCUAAAGCCUCGUACUAGGGUCAACAUAUAUUUAGCAACAAAGUUUAAUCAAAAUGUUGCAGAGUUGCUGUCAGCAUAUUGCUA